AUGACUACGGUUAGCAUUAAUUUUACAGGUAAAAUGUCCUGGAUCAGGGAGGAAGCAAUAUCCUCCAUAUUGUCUGUGGAGAUGGUUGACCUUCCUGUGUCCGAGAACCAGGCCAAAUAUGAGGAUGAAUUUGGGGCACAGCAAGAUGACAUUGGCACCAAGUUCGUCAAGAGACUAACUACCCAGUUAUCCCAAGUGAAGUCAUUUGUGGUGCACCUCCAGCAGCAGUUGUUGAAAGGCCCACGCCAUCAGUACCUGGAGGAAGACAAUGAGUUUAAUGAGGACGAGGAACUCACUAGAGACGAGUUCAGUAUUAACAAAAUGAUUGUGGCUGUCACAGUACCUGGAAAGCUUUUUGGCAUCGAGAGUUCCACAGGUCGUAUCAUCUGGCGCCACCUGUUGCCUGCUCUGGUUCCAUUUGAACGCCAGGGGAAGCAACUUCUCCUUUUGUUUGUACAGAGAACCACAGCGCAUUUCCCCAACCCCCCUCAAUGUGCAGUGCUGGGAAGACAUAAGGUGUCAGGCAAUGGUCUGCUGUAUUUCUUUGACCCAAUCACUGGCAUCCCCACUGCUGGAACCCCAGCUGAGGGUGCUGACACUGGAUACAGGGUGGUUCAGGCCACCACGCUGGGGGUCACCGACGACCACCAUCUCAAGAUUCAGGAAGACAGCAAAACACAGUCUCUACAUGCUGUGGAGCUUUGGACAAUCAACCUCCCCAAGGAAACACAGACCAUCACAAAUGUGGUCGGAAAAAGACCCACUGAACAUGUCCAUUCCCCCGGGAAACCCCUCGCGGACAGGAGCGUGUUGUACAAGUAUCUUAAUCCUAACCUGGUCGCCAUAACUGCUGAGGGAGAGACAGAAGAUAGCCAGCAAAAGGUUUCUGGUGUAUUGAAUAUUUACCUGGUGGACAGUGUGACAGGUGACAUGAUAUUCCAGGCCAGUCAUAAGAAAGCCAGGGGUCCUGUACAUCUAGUCCAUACAGAGAACUGGGUUGUGUACAACUACUGGAAUGAAAAGAACCGUAGAAAUGAGAUCACAGUGGUAGAGCUGUACGAGGGGACAUCCCAAACCAACGCCACAGUGUUCUCCUCCCUCCACCCUCCUCCGCCACCUAUAGUGGGCCGCCAGUCCUACAUCUUGCCUCAUGGGAUAUCUGCAAUGGCGGACACCAUCACAGAGAUGGGUAUCACUGCCAAGAGUGUGCUGUUGGCCUUCACAACUGGCAAUGUCGCGGAGGUGUCAAAGUUUAUGUUAGAUCCUAGGAGGCCUCUUAACCCAACCAUGGCUGACAGAGAAGAAGGCAUCCCUCCUUACAUCCCUGAACUCCUCGUGGCCUUCGAGGCCAUGAUAAACUAUAAUCAGACGGUGCUCAAAGUGCGUGGAAUACAGACUGCCGCAGCGGGACUGGAGUCCACCAGUUUAUCUCUGGUGUAUGGCUUAGAUCUUUUCUUUACUCAAGUCACCCCAUCCAGAAAAUAUGAUGUUUUAAAAGAAGAUUUUGACUAUUUCUUUAUCAGUGCAGUGUUAAUAGGAAUGAUAGUUGUAUCAGUUGUCUCACAGAAGUUAGCAGCAAGAAAAGCUCUGAACAGAGCCUGGACAUAACAUAUGGUAGUAACAUAUUAGAUGUAAUUCCCUUUAGUGGCGACACUAGUGGGCUUGAUUUAGUGCAAUUUAAGAACACAAAUAGUCUUACAUGAUCUUAAAACAUGAGUA